AUGGAAGGUUUGGAUCAUACGUUCUCACGCUGGUCCAAUGUGAGUUCAGAACAGGUGGAGGGUGGUAUAGAAAUUAAUAGAUAUGUGAAUGGCUUCAAAGAAGCAAUUUCUGGUCCUGACUCAAAAUACUGGAAAAAUGCAAUUGGAGAACUGGAAGCAUAUGAAGACAACAAAACCUGGAAGAUAGUUCCUACAACUAAUAGCCAGAGUGUUAUUGACUCAAAAUGGGUGUUCAAGGUUUUAUUUGACCCAGAUGUGAUACAAUAUGAUUCACUCAGAUUUUUCAUGGCAAUUGUCGCAUAUAAUGAUCCAGAGAUGGUAGAGUUCGAUGUUCACACAGCAUUUCUUUAUGGAAGCCUUGAAGAAGUUUACAUGGUUAUACCUGAGGGAGUGGUGGUUAAAACAGAGAAACCUGUAGUCUGUGAACUUGAGAAAUCACUUGGUGAUGUUAUCUUGUUAUCAUUAUUCGUUGAUGAUGGCUUUAUUGCAUCAAAGUCAGUGGAAGCAAUUCAUAAAGUUGUUACAUCACUAAAAGAAGCCUUUCAAAUCACUGUCGGUGAAGGUCAUUGCUUUGUUGGAGUGGAAAUUGAGCGAGAUCGUGUGGGAAAGAUAAUGUUAAAAUGUCAGCACCAGUAUAUGAAAAGAAUAAUUGAGAAAUUUGGAAUGUCUGAAGCAAAAGGUUUAAGUGUUCCUGCUGAUCCUGAUUGGUGGCAAUCCAGUGCAGGAGACAUUGUAGCCCAGAAAAGAAAUCUGUGCUUUAGCAAUCAUCCAUUUAUGUGUAUUAAUGAGGAUGACAAAAUCUUCAUGACACUGAAAGAGUUGGCGUAA